AUGGAUUCUUCACCUGAUGAACCCGAGGUUUCCACAAAGAGCACAAUGAAUCCAGCUGCACUAUCUAUUGAGACAAAAUCAAGCGCUUCUGGCGACAUCGUUGCUGGCACACAGGAACUCGUUGCUGAAUCUGACGACGAAGGCCAUUUGAGGUCUGAGUUGUAUGAAAUUGACGAAAUCACCCGGCUAGCACCGCCUAGUCCUUCAAGUGAGGAAGAAAUGGAAGAGGAACAAGAUAGUUCGGCUGAAGACGAUAGUUCUUCUGAUGAAGAUGACACAAUCACUAGAAGCAGUGUGGCGAAAAUGAAUUUGUUUGGUCCUGCACGUAAAUUUGCCGAAUAUAUACUUGCCCGUCGCUCUGAACGAGUAAUGAUAAAGAGGGAUCCAAAUGUGGCAACGAAAACUUAUGAAGUAAAACGCACAGUGAGGUUUGUUCAUCUACUCACAUUUAUUCGUUAGUU